AUGCUUUGGGUUGGAGCGCCAGAAAUAAACCUGCGCAAAUUUCAAGCGGUGAAAAUUAGCCAGACGUCAACUUCUUAUUCCGCGCGCAAUUCAACCGGGCGGCGGAGUGAAAGUCGGGCGGGGACGGCGCACGUGUUGGGCCCGACACACACAAAAGUAGGCGAGUACGCGACGCCGACCGCUGACCGAACAACUGGUUGCGAGAGAGGCAAAAGUAUGGAGUGU